AUGUCAUCAAUCAACGCAUCAGAAUACGUCCUCCUCGACUGCAACGCAGAAAAUGCAACAAUGACCCCCCUCCAAACAACUCCUUCCCUAACCCCUUCGGAAUCAAUGAGUCCCGCCUUGCUCCCCGUCUUAACCUCGACUCCUACACCCCAUACCACUAUAAUCUCUACAUCCAAUGCAACUACACAAUCGUCAUCACCUGCAACUGGGCUUCAAUCCUACGAAUCCUUCACACAAGACUUAGAAGUUAAACGAGUAGAAUGGCAUCUCGAAGCCAGGGUUCUUGCGCUAUGCACCGAUGACGGUAUGGGCGAACUGAGGAAUACAGAGAAGGCGAGGAGUUUAAUAGAAAAGCUCUAUCCAUCGCAGAAUGCUUCCUCGAUAUUUUACAUUCGCCUUUCAAAGUAUCUUCUCAAACAUUCAAGGGCCGACGUAGCACUCACCGCGCUCGACCAAUUCCCAACCGGUGCGAACGGGAAAGAACUCCCUGGUGUUCUUGAAAAAGACGAUAGAGUUACAUAUUGGUAUUAUAGAGCUCUUUCAAUACUCGAAAUACAAAAGACCUCGGAAAACAGCGGGGUUGAAGAUGCUGUGAAAAAUGGGAUGAUCGAGGCGGUUGGAUGCGUUGAUCCAGAAAUUAGGAAGAAGUGGAUUAAUGUGGGUUACUUCUUGAUGAGCGUUUACUCCCUCCUUAAGAACGACGAAAUCGACGCAAGGUUUUGGAAAAAUCAAUUGCCGGCGGGGUACACCCUCCCAGAGGGUAUUCACAGCUCUCACCUCCAAAUCUUCAACGGCCUUACCCUUGCGCAGUUACCAACGAAUAGCGCUAUGCAGUCAAUGGAUUUAACGAAUGAUAUUAGUCAGUUAGAAGGAAUGGAGCCAACGGAUUUGUUGAUGAAAGAUGUGGCGAGGUUGAAGAGAGAUAUGAAUGAGAUUUAUGAUACGGUUUAUAUGAACUAUAAGGAGAUAAAUGAAAGGAUUAAAUCUAUUCAUGGGAUCUUAGAUGGAAGAGAGAACGUUGGAGGGGAGGAUUUGAAAGAGGUUAAGAGGCGGAUUGGGUAUUUGGAGGGGAUGGUUUUGAGGGGUUAA